GGCCGCGAACGCGCGGCGGACGGCCGCGCGCUCGCUGCAGGCGCCGCGAACGCGCGCCGUGGGCGUGUCGUGCAGAUGGCUGCGCCGCCGCCGCCCGGGCUGGGGCGGGCCCUCACGCAGACGCUGGCAGAAAGCUUGGUGGGCGAGUGUUCCGCGGAGCCGACGGGCACCAGCGCCGCGGACCAGGGCUCGACCGAGCCGCUCCAGCCCAGCGCCGCGGGGCGCACGCGGACGACGGCAGCACUGGAGCGCGAGGCCUACCAGGAUCGGAACCAGCGGCGGCUCGCCGCGGAGAUCCUGCGGGGGCGCGCGGCCCUGUUCACCUGCUUCCUGGUCCUGCUGGGGCUCGCCCUCUUCGUCUUCACGUGCGUGAUCUACUGCCUCGGCUACAGGGUCUACUUCGACUCUGGGAGCAAGCCGUGCGACGAGCCGCUUGGCGCGUGGCUCUUGGUGGUCAUCCUGGCGUUCCCUGUGCGCGUGUGCCUGACGAUUGUUUACAGGUCGCUACGGAUCCGGGCGGCCGACGAGGAGGUCCACACGCCGCUGACGAAGGGAAUACACGGGUUCGGUGGCGGAUCCUGUAUUUUUGGCACUUGCUCGGCAGCCCCCUGCUCCUCACGGUGGGGUACUACUGGCUGACGAAGGCGAAGACGUGCCACAAGACGAACCCCGACCUUUAU